CUGUUACAUCCCCGGAUCACGAGAAGAUUCACUGGGUUUAUCAUUUUCAUCAAUUCAUAUUUUCUGAUUUCUGAUCAUAAUCUCAGCUAUUAACACCUGAAUUUUGAUUCUGGAUUCUUAGUUAAUGUCGCCUUCUCUUCCCAAGUUUGAUUUAAAGGAGUGUUCGUCCAUGUAGCUUGGUUUUGGUGUUUGGUGAGAGUUUUCAUCAAGUUAGGGGAGAGUUAGGUAGAAGCAUUUGGGUGAGGUAGUGAUAAGGUUGAAGGGGGAGUGAUUCAUUGGUUCCACACUAGUGUGGUAUGAAUUCGAGGGGUGAUCCCGGGGAUGGCUAUUUUCGACUUCCUUUGGAGAAUCAAACUCAACAUGAGUUCCAAUUCAUGGGUUCUUGCAUUCCAUUUACACCUAAAAAACCUCUGCAAGGUGGGGGUAGAUCAAGUCUGAUCGUAGAUGAGAGAGUGACACACCAGGAUCUAAAUGUGGUUCCAGGUGUUGAAUUUGUAGAGAGGGCAUUCUGCAACAGUGGUGUGGAUCAUAAUGGGGUUUAUGACCAUGGUGCUCAUCAGGGCGUGACCAACUUAAAUAUGAUGAUUAAUAGCUUAGCGGGAUCACAUGCACAAGCUAGGAGUAAUAGUGAGAGAGAUCUUUUGGGCAGGAGUGAUGUGACUUCGCCUUUACCACCAGUUAUCAGAAACACCACCAGUAAUAUAGAGCCGGUCAAUGGAAAAUUUUCUUCAAAUGUGGGUAUGGUAAACGGUCCUUUCACCCAGAGUGGCAGUUCUCAAGCUGGCUAUACUGAGUUUGAAUUGGACGACUUGUUGAAUCCCGAUCAUAUGCCCUUCUCCUUCACAAGCUUGCUGAGUGGUGGGGAUAGCUUAUUCCAGGUUCGUCAAUAUGGAACUCCAGCGUGUAGCAAGCCACUUUACAAUUUGAAUUCACCAAUCAGAAGAGAAGCAGUUGGGUCAGUCUGUGAAAGUUCGUUUCAAUAUGUACCGUCAACCCCCAGUCUGUGCAGAACAGGUGAAAAGAAUGGAUUCCUUGAACAGAUAGUUACAACCAUUGGACAUGAAAUCACAGAGCCGAAAUCUGACAAAAGUAUGCAGAGCAUUAUGGACGCGUCUGCUGUUAAUGCGACGGAAGUUACUGAACAAAAUGAUGGAAGCAGACAAGAUGUUCUGGAGUUUGAUCUUAACAAGACACCUCAGCAGAAACCCUCCAAAAGGAAAAAGAAGUUCAUGCCCAAGGUGGUCGUGGAAGGCAAACCUAAAAGGAAGCCACGCAAACCUGCAACUCAGGAAAAAGUGAAUUCUAAAGAAACCGGGAGUGGCAAAAGGAAAAAAGCUCAAAAGACAAACUUGAAAGAAUCAGCAACUAAAAAGCCAGCCCAUGUUGGAGAUAUGAGCAACAAAAGCCCUGAAGUCACACUCAAAAGUUGCAGAAAAGCUUUGAAUUUUGACUUGGAGAAAUCUGGAGAUGCGAGGCAAGGUGACUCUGAGUUUGAAAUUGUCCAGAACAAUAAUGGCGCAAACUCAUUUUCUGAGAUCAGAGAUGCCAUUGGUGGAACUAAUGGUAGUUUUCUGGAUUCAGUGACACAAAUAGGCCAGACCAAUGGAUUGGUGGCUACGUACCAGCCACAUGAAGUGUCAAUGGGAAACCAGCCAGAUAAACUAUCAACGGAAGCGAAACUGGCCAGAGACCAGCAACCUGAUUUAUUGACUAGAAACCAGCAAUGCCAGUUCCCAGUGGGAACCCAGAACACCCAGUUCCCAAUGGGAAACCAACAAGCUUGGCUUCAGAUGAAAAACCAACUUAUUGGCUUUCCAUUCGGUAACCAGCAACCUCGCAUGACCAUAAGAAACCAGCAGCCUUGCUUGGCCAUGGGUAAUCAACAACCUAUGUAUCUGAUAGGAACUCCACGGCCUGCAUUGGUGAGUGGAAACCAGCAACUAGGAGGUCUCCAAGGGAACAAGCAGCCUAUAUUUUUGAAUCAGCAGACUUGUUUACCUACUGGAAAUCAACAAUAUGGAUCACCGACAGACAUGCAUCAGCUUGUUAUGUCAACCGGAGGGCAACAACAUGGACUACGGAUGAAAAACCAGCAACCUGGAUUUUUGUUGAGAAACCAGCAGCCUGGAUCAUCUAUGAGAGGCCAGCAGCCUUGCGUACGUUUGAUGAACCAGCAACCUGGAACUCCAAAAGGUUUUACUCACUUGAAUCAGAUGGUCGGUUCCUGCAUGUCAUCGCCUGGGCUUCAACCUCAUUCUCAGUCACAAGUUCCUUCAACAAAUUUAUAUGUGGAAUCUGUUUCCAGGAGUUUGAAUGGGACUACAGGUGCAUGUCAUAGAAGCAGCGCUCCUGAAUACGGUUCUUUACAGCAAGAUAUCCAUCAAGGAAAUGAGUACAUCCUUUCUCAUGAGAGAUCCAAUGGUGAAUUCUUUGACGUAUGCAAAAAAGUAGUAUCUCAAAACUCUUCUUUGCCAACCCCAAUUAUGGCUAAUCUUGAGGAAGCCAGGGGCUCGAAGAGACAGUAUCAUCCUGCAAUGGGACAGAUGGAAAACCAUGAUCUAAACUUAGCAGGUCGUUGGCCUUCGCUCCAACAGAUUGCUCAAUCACAAGAUGUGGAGAGACACAUGGCUCAAUCAGAAGAUGUGGAGAGACAUAACAGCAGACCGUGUGCCAAAUAUUUAGGUGCUGCAAAGAAAAUGAAAAUCCAGAAAGUAGUCCAAGAAAAUUUGCAUGGCAUGCCACCUGAGGUAAUAGAAAUCGAGGAUGAUCCAACUGAUGGGGCAAGAAAGGAUAAAAGCAUCAUUAAAACUGCAUCUAAACGAAUUUCGUGUUCAGUUCAAAAGUCAGCAGAUAAUGAGAAAUGUAUUGUCCCCAGAACGCCUGCAAAAAGGGGUCGUGCAGGGAGAAAAAAAUCAGUACCUCCGUCUGCUCAUGCCUCAGAGAUCCAGCUUUGGCAACCUACAACUCCAAAGACACCUUCAUCAAGAAGCAAGGCUAAAGAAAAAGGGAGGAAGUCCAUUCAAGCUUCAGGAAAAGCAAGAGGUCCAUCAGGAAAACUUCUAUGUCUGGAUUCUAUUGCGGAAAUAAUAUACAGGAUGCAGAAUCUGAAUCUAGGAGACAAAAACAGAGAACAAGAGCAAAAUGCACUUGUCUUGUACAGAGGAGAUGGUGCGGUUGUUCCAUAUGAGAGCAAGAAGCAAAAACCAAGGCCUAAAGUUGACCUUGAUGAUGAAACAACUCGGAUAUGGAAUCUAUUGAUGGGUAAAGGAGAAAAAGAGGGUGAUGAAGAGAUGGAUAAGAAAAAAGAGAAGUGGUGGGAAGAAGAGAGGAGAGUUUUCCGAGGAAGGGCCGAUUCAUUCAUCGCCCGUAUGCAUCUUGUACAAGGAGAUAGACGUUUUUCGCCAUGGAAGGGAUCAGUGGUUGAUUCGGUCAUUGGAGUUUUCCUUACACAGAAUGUCACGGAUCACCUUUCAAGCUCUGCUUUCAUGUCUCUAGCUGCUCGAUUCCCUCCAAAAUCAAACAGCAGCCGAGAAGAUGAAAGGAAUGUUAGAAGCGUAGUUGUUGAAGAUCCAGAAGGAUGCAUUCUGAACUUAAAUGAAAUUCCUUCGUGGCAGGAAAAUGUUCAAAAUCCAUCUGACAUGGAAGUCUCUGGGGUUGAUAGUGGAUCAAAAGAGCAACAAAGGGACUGUUCAAACUCUGGAAUCGAAAGAUUUAAUUUCUUAGAGAAGAGUAGUCAAAAUUUAGAAGAGGAAGUAUUAUCAUCACAAGAUUCUUUUGAUCCUGCGAUAUUUCAGUCGUGUGGGAGAGUUGGAUCCUGUCUAUGUUCCAAAUCAGACGCAGAGUUUUCUACAACCAGGUGUGAAACAAAAACUGUCAGUGGAUCAUCACAAUCAGUGCAAACUGGGAGUCCAAACUUGUCUGAUGAAAUUUGUCUUCAAGGGAAUGAGAGACCGCUUCUAUAUGAUGGAUCUGGUGAUGUUCAGAAACAAGAAACUACAAAUGUCGCUCAGGAGAAACCUGAUCUCGACAAAAUAAUGAACUGGAAGGACUCUCUCUCUUUUGGUCAGCCAAGCAAUGAUACUAAUUGGCAAAAAAAAGGACCGACCAAUCCUUCCAGCAGCUAUGAGCAGAGUACGAUUCAACAGCCACAUGUAAUAGACAUAGAGGAUUUUGGAAUGCAAGGUGAAGGCCUUGGUUAUCCUUGGCUGUCCAUUUCACCAAGAGUUGACAGCGGAAAGAACAAAAACGUACCACGCAGAUUUUUCAGACAAGGUGGAAGUGUUCCAAGAGAAUUCACAGGUCAGAUCAUAUCAUCAACGCCUCAUGAAAUGCUAGGAAUGGGAUUGUUUGCUUCCUCAAGUGCCCUCCAAGUGCACCAGGACGAUACCCAACAUAAUCAACAAGAUGAGAUGAAUAAAGCAUCCCAUUUACAAAAAGCAUUUAUGGAUCUGCUCAACUCUUCUGAAGAAUGCCUUACAAGACAGUCCAGUACCAAACAGAACAUCACGGAUGGCUGCCUACCGAGAGAUAGAACUGCUGAAAACGGGGUUGAUCCCCUCAGUAAAAAUACAAGCUUACAGAACAUAUUGGUCGAAUCGAAUUCCAGCAAUAAAGAGCAGACAGCAGUUGAAUACAACGAGACAAAUGCCACUAUUGUACGAGAGAUGAAAGGGACGCUUGCUGAUGGGAGAAAGCCUACAAGCCAGUGGGAUAGCCUCAGAAAAGAUGUGGAGGUGAAUGAAGGGAGAAAGGAAAGAAGCAAAGACAGUAUGGAUUCCAUAGACUAUGAAGCAAUAAGACGUGCUAGUAUCAGUGAGAUUUCUGAUGCUAUCAAGGAAAGAGGAAUGAACAACAUGUUGGCGGUACGAAUUAAGGAUUUCCUAGAACGAACAGUUAAAGAUCAUGGUGGUAUCGACCUUGAAUGGUUGAGAGAUGUUCCUCCUGAUAAAGCCAAGGACUAUCUCUUGAGCAUAAGAGGUCUGGGAUUGAAAAGUGUCGAAUGCGUGCGACUCUUAACGCUCCACAAUCUUGCUUUCCCUGUUGACACGAAUGUUGGAAGGAUAGCCGUUAGGCUGGGAUGGGUGCCUCUACAACCUCUACCUGAAUCACUUCAGUUACACCUUCUAGAGCUAUACCCUGUGCUUGAGUCCAUCCAAAAAUUUCUUUGGCCAAGACUCUGCAAACUCGAUCAACCAACACUGUAUGAAUUACACUACCAGCUGAUUACGUUUGGAAAGGUAUUUUGCACAAAGAGUAGACCAAAUUGUAAUGCAUGUCCAAUGAGAGGAGAGUGCAGACACUUUGCCAGUGCUUAUGCUAGUGCAAGACUUGCUUUACCGGCACCGGCACCAGACGAGAGGAGCUUAACAAGUGCAACUAUUCCGGUCCCUCCCAAGUCCUUUCCUCCUGUAGCCAUCCCGAUGAUAGAACUACCUCUUCCGUUGGAGAAAGCCCUAGCAAGGGGCGCACCAUCGAAUAGAGAAAACUGUGAACCAAUAAUUGAAGAGCCGGCCUCGCCCGAGCAAGAAUGCACUGAGAUAACAGAGAGUGAUAUUGAAGAUGCUUACUACAAUGAAGACCCUGACGAGAUCCCAACAAUAAAACUCAACAUUGAACAGUUCGGAAUGACUCUACGGGAACACAUGGAAAGAAACAUGGAGCUCCAAGAAGGUGACAUGUCCAAGGCUUUGGUUGCUUUGAAUCCAACCGCUACUUCUAUUCCAACUCCCAAACUAAAGAACAUUAGCCGUCUCAGGACAGAGCACCAAGUAUACCAGCUCCCGGAUUCACAUCCUCUCCUCGAUGGUAUGGAUAAAAGAGAACCAGAUGAUCCAAGUCCUUAUCUCCUAGCUAUUUGGACACCAGGUGAAACAGCGAAUUCGGCUCAACCGCCUGAACAGAAGUGUGGAGGGAAAGCGUCUGGCAAAAUGUGCUUUGACGAGACUUGUUCUGAGUGCAACAAUGUGAGGGAAGCAAACUCACAGACAGUUCGAGGGACUCUUUUGAUACCUUGUCGAACUGCCAUGAGAGGAAGUUUUCCGCUCAACGGGACAUACUUUCAAGUUAACGAGUUAUUUGCAGACCACGAGUCCAGUCUCAAUCCCAUCGAUGUUCCUAGAGAUUGGAUAUGGGAUCUCCCGAGAAGGACUGUUUACUUCGGAACAUCAGUAACAUCAAUAUUCAGAGGUCUUUCAACGGAGCAGAUACAAUUCUGCUUUUGGAAAGGAUUCGUAUGUGUCCGUGGAUUCGAACAGAAGACAAGAGCACCGCGUCCAUUAAUGGCAAGGUUGCAUUUUCCGGCGAGCAAAUUGAAGAACAACAAAACCUGAAGAUGAAUGGAUUAAAGAAAACACAUUGCUUCUCUGCUCUCCUCUAUUUAAAGGCAAGGAAAAAACCCAUUUAGGCAUAAAAACAGGAAACCAAAUAGGCUUCUUUUUUUUUUCUCUUUCUUUCUGACUUCAUUCUUAGAGAAGAGCAGAAGAGAAACAAAAGAAAAUAGCAACACAAACAAGUUUUUUGGGUUAUUUAUUUUCUCUCUAACAAAUUUGUAGCAUUUCGGCCUUUUUGGUUGUCACUAGCGUGGCAAAUCCAAUGCCUGCGCACACAGGCGCAUUGUCAAUAAAUUUCUCCGGCCACCGGAGUAUUUAGCAUCUUUCAACCGGCGGCUAAUGCGAAUACUUCCGGCAACACAUAUUCCUU